GGCCCGUCGAUCAAUGCUCUCAUCAAUAGCACGUUUGGCCACACUCCUGCUUCGCAUCGAAUAUUUGCGGACUUUGUCUAUAUCACAAAACACAAACACACCAAAAUGACUCAAGAUCCCCGCGCGCUUCUCCAAAAGGCCGACAAAGCGCUAUCCGGCGCCUCUGGCGGCUUUAGCUGGUUUGGCGGAAGAACAGAGAAAUAUGAGAAUGCGGCAGAUCUGUAUUCCCAGGCUGCAAAUGCCUUCCGAGUACAGAAGAUGAACAAGGAAGCCGGUCAGGCUUUCGAGAAAGCUGCUGCAAUCCAAACCCAAAACCUUAACGAGCCCGACGACGCCGCCAAUACACUCCAGGAAGCGUUCAAGGUCUACCGCAAGUCAGACCCGGAGGAUGCUGCCCGUGUUCUAUCUAGUGCUAUUCAACACUACGUACUACGAGGAAAUCUGCGCCGUGCUGCUACACAACAGCAAUACUUGGCUGAAGUGUAUGAGGUGGAGCUUGGCGAUAUGAAGAAAGCACUUGAGGCGUACGAGAAGGCUGCUGAGUGGUUCGAGGGUGACAAUGCUGAAGCCCUUGCGAACAAGCACUUCCUCAAAGUUGCAGAUCUGUCUGCGCUGGACGGCGACUACUACAAGGCCAUCACGUACUUUGAGCGUAUCGGCCGGUCUUCUAUUAACAACAAUUUGAUGCGCUGGAGUGUGAAGGAUUAUCUGUUGAAGGCAGGUAUCUGCCAUCUCGCCACAAAGGACAUGGUUGAGACCAACCGUGCUUUGGAGUCAUACCGAGAGCUCGAUCCUAGCUUUGCGUCAAUGAGAGAGCACCAGUUGCUGGUAGAUUUAACCCAGGCUGUUGAGGAUGGUGACCAGGAGUCCUUUGCCGAGAAGCUGUUCCAGUAUGACCAGCUCAGCAAGUUGGACAAGUGGAAGACUACUCUGCUCCUGCGCAUCAAGAAUAACAUUGAGGAGGCCGAGGAGGACUUCUCUUAA